GCUGAGACUGAAGUAGAUACAGUAAAUGGCAGAGGGACAGUGAGCUCCGACGGGGGAGAAGCCAGGAAGGACAAGUCCUCUACAAAACGCAGGUUGAACUCUAGGCAUGGCCAGUAUCCUGCUGAGAACGAUGGAAGGGUUUUUUUCCAGACUUCAAACUCCUGUUCCAACAGUAAGAACUUUUUCCAUGUCGCUGACCUCGAAUCAAGUGGCUAGUCCUGUAUGGAACCUGGGGCGACUCAAUCAUAUAGCAAUAGCAGUGCAAGACUUGGAAAAGUCCAAGGCAUUUUAUAAGAAUGUUCUGGGGGCCCAAGUAGGUGAGAUGGCCUCUAUUCCUGAACAUGGAGUGUCCGUUGUUUUUGUCAACCUGGGAAAUACCAAGAUGGAACUGCUUCAUCCACUGGGAAAUGACAGUCCAAUUGCAGGUUUUCUGCAGAAAAACAAAGCUGGAGGGAUGCAUCACAUCUGCAUUGAGGUGGAUAAUAUAAAUGCAGCUAUGAUGGAUUUGAAAGAAAAGAAGAUUCGCAUUCUAAGUGAAGAGCCCAAAAUAGGAGCACAUGGAAAACCAGUGAUUUUUCUCCAUCCUAAUGACUGCGGUGGAGUCCUUGUGGAACUGGAGCAAGCAUGAUUUCUAUUCUCAGGAAAUUAAUUGCCCUGAAAAAGCCUUAUCAAAGUGGACUUCAGCAUUGAGUCCUUCACUGCUUCUAUCACUUAAAGUUUCAAAAUUAAAAAGUAAAUUACAGAAAGAAAUUUUUUAAAUCAUAUGUACAUACAUACACAUACAAAAUAUUUGCUAAUUACUUUGAAUUUUUUCCUGAUUUGGAGAAAACUUUGAUUACUAAAUACUUAGGGAAUAUUAUUAAAAUCAUAUUCAUAGAAAUAAAUUAUUCCCAUUCUAAAAUGGA